UGCUACGUUUAGUUCAAGGACACAUUUCAAAGGAAAAUGAUUAAGCUCUACUCGUUGAUUUGCUUGACAUUGGUCCUGAUAAUAGACGGUUCCUCCGGACUUGGAAUCGCAGAUGAAUCUGAACCAUUUCUUGAUGAUUACCAAAGAGAAGUUGGCAACGAAACUGAUCUUGUUGUUUACCGGCUCUUUACUAGAAAAAAUCCCAUAGAUUUUCAAGUGUUGAGGCUAAAUGAUGUAGAUUCACUGAUGGCAUCAAAUUACAACCCGAAUCUCCCGACCAAAAUUUAUGCUCCAGGUUGGGAUAACAACGGUUCCAUUGCGUAUCCGACAAGAGAUGAGUAUCUACUACGAGACGACUGUAAUUUUAUAAUCGUCUACUGGUCUGAUCUUCAGGCAGGAAAUACUUUGUUUAUAGUCCGCACCACCCAGAUAGCAGCAAAUCAUACAGGGGCUUUUAUAGAUUUUUUGGUUGAAAACGGGACGCCAUUACGCAACUUUCAUUUGAUGGGUCAUAGUGCAGGGACUCAUCUUGCUGGAGGAGCUGGAGCUACAGUUACUACAGGGAGAGUACCUCGAAUUACAGGUUUGGAUCCAGCGGAAGGUAGAUGGACAUUGAAUGAAACAGAUACCCGAUUGGACGUCAGUGAUGCAGAAUUUGUCGACAUUGUUCAUACAAACGGAGGAGAUAUUUCUAAUGGAGAAAUUGCUUUCAUUGAACCAGUUGGCCAUGUUGAUUUUUAUGUUAAUGGAGGCCACAAGCAGCCCGGUUGUCAGGAUCCGGAUUACACAUGCUGCCAUCACUGCCGUGCUGUUGAUUUAUUUGCGGAAUCUAUCAACACGGAAGUUGGUUUUGUAUCACUGCGCUGUGACUCGUACGAGUCAUUCCAGAACGGCUCCUGUGAUGGAAACGACAAAGAGCUUAUGGGAGACACAGUUUCUUUAAAUGCUCGAGGUAUUUUCUAUUUGGACACAAACGAACAAGAACCGUGGGCUAUGGGAUGAAAAGACAAAACAACUUAAUUGUCCAUUUAUCUAUUUAUUUUAUUGACGGUAUUUGUCACUACUGUGUCAAGAUCGUUGCAUUUUUUUUUAAAUUAAGUAGUUUUUAUUAAAUUAGAAUAAUUGUACGAACCCUUGAUUUAUCAAUUGUUUGUAAUGUUUUAUCGAUUUUUUGCAGCGAUUACGUAUUGCGACUGAACCGCUGAAUAGCCACUGCUGAAUACGAAGCUGAUUCGAUGGAAAAGGUUAAAAUUUUACUUAAAUGAGAUCAUUACCAAUCAAAAGCUAGACUAGCCUACCAAUCAAACAGAGACGAAACUUAUGAUAAAAAUGCGAGAAGAAUUAAAAUAAUAAAAAGUUACAUAAGAAUAAGUCAAUCCUUUCAAGAACCCAAAAUUUCUACACACCUCUUUGUUACGUGAUCACUCAGCUAUUCUUAACACACAGUAUGAGGGGCUAUUAAAUUUCCUCGGUACCAGUGUGUAUAUCGGACAAAAAAGAAGAAUUGUGUGUUUGUUAUGCUAAGAUUUUUACUAGCCAUUUGUUUUGACAGAUGGUAGAACACAAGUCCUCAAAUUUGCCGAAUACGGGUAUUUUUCAAACAUAUUUCUGGCUUAAAGGGACUGCGCGCACCUAUCAUAUCUACCUACCUACCCCAAGGGCCAAGGCUUAAAGAUUACAGACAAAAGAAAGAAUCACCCCCCCCCCCCUCCCACAAAUGUUCCGCCAUUUGUGUCUCGGAAGACUAUAUCCGCAAGGGGUUUGACUCGUAAUCAAAGAAACCUACGCAAUAUAGCCUUUUCGUCCUAUUACAACUACAACACAAGUAAACUAAGCACAUGCUCAUAAAAGGAAAAAAUGAACUUUAGAUAAGAAAAAAUUGCGCUUUAUAAACUAUUUCUUAAUAUUUUAAAAAUGAAGUGGUUUUGAUGUAAAUCGCAUUCUUGUGACGCUUCAGCUGUUAGCUAAAUUGAUAAAGAAAUCCGUACUUAAAGAGCCGUUUUACAACCAUUAAUUUAGACAUAUCCGAUCUUGUAUCCUUGAAGACAACUUUGAGCGAUGCGAGUUAUAUAAUUACAAUUAAAAUAAUAAUUGCAAUUAUGAAUUACGAUUAUUAAGGAUGUCGUUCUCCAAAUGUCGGAUAGUCAAACGUCUUAAAGGAUGCUUGAUAAAAUUUUUGGACGAGUGUUUUCAAUGAAAACACUUCCUGAUAAAUAAAAUAUAAAACCCUACCACAAUAUAAUGAAGAAUACAAUCUCAUCAUAAAAUUUAUUAUACUUCUGAAAUCUGUCAAGCUGUCCUAAGUGAGCAGCAUUAAUCGGUCCCUUCGCUGUAGUUAGAUUGUGUUAGGACUGUUAGCCUCAUCGCUUUGUUCUUCGUCAUUUAUUAGUGAUUAAUCCAACGCCAUUUUAAGUGUAAGUUACUUUACUGAUUCUAGUGCUUGCACAGUUUAUUUUUGUACUCAUAUUUUGUUUCUACUCGAAAUUCCUGAUUAUGGGUAUCUUACUGCUUAACAAGUUCGAUAAUCAUCAUUUUCCUUCAUGUGUGAAAACUUCCAAGCCUCCUUACCAUCACUGACCCCUUUUUUUUCAAGUGGCUUUAUAUAUAGCCUUUAUUAAUCAUUUUCAGUUGUCAAAUUAGUCAGUUUUAGUUACUUUGCACAUCCCUGUAAAAAUGUAUUCGCAGUUGCUGUGUGGUAACCUUCUGGUGAUGACUGACGAUAACUAUUCCACCAACAAAAAAUUAACACUUGUUAAUUUUUAUUUUUCGAUAAUUGCUUUUUUUUAUCUACUAAAUGUAUUCCACGGAGACAAAUAUUUGUUUAUUUUUCGUCCGUGGAUGCCAAGUGCUGUCACUAGGUGGCUAAAUAUUUCAGUGUGUUUAGGGAUUGAACUAUUCAGCCCUAGUGUAUUGGUAUUAGGGGAGGGGAGGGGGCAUCAAACCAAAGUUCUGAGACGAAUGACGUCCAUUUAUUUCUUUUCUAUCGAGACGCCGUCGAGGAUGGUUACGUUAGUCAUUGCGAGGUAAUUUCUUUCCUGACAUGUUCUCCAUAAAAAAGGUUGGUGGAAAUUAUUCUCAACGUGCAGUGCCAAGUCAACAAGAUGCCUCUGUGAUCAUGCCCUUGAUGAGGUCUUUAUCAUGUUGCGAGAUGAAAAUGUGAAGAAAACGGAAGGAAAUCUGAAAUGGAAUUCUUUGCGAGUUUGGUGUUGGAGCUGUUAAUGGUGGUGAUGUCUGGUGUGCAGUGGUGCGGCAGUCAUGUUCCAAUUUGGAGAUGUGCUGAAAUGGAUCUUCUGCAGACUUGGAAGUUCUACUUCAGACUUCGACUAACAUUGUUGGUGUCCAUGCAGUGUUGAGCUGUUGUGCAAAAGUUGGUGUCUCCUGAAAGUUGUCUGGCAUUUUGUUGGUGUAUUCUCUUGCUACCUGUACCCACAUUGAGUUCAAUCGUACGCCGCCGUUCCAGACUUGAUCCAUUGGUGAAGCCGAAAAGAGGUUGCUGAAAUUCAAGACUGCACAAUUUACAAAUGCAUAUCUGUUGUCCCUUUUCCCUGAGUAAACUGCAUGUCCGCCGUUGGUUAUUCGUCUGGUCGAAAGGGAAAUAGCAAUGAGAAGUUCUGAUGUAUUUUUGGAGAAAUAUUAGUUUGACCACGAAGUAAUUCUCCCUUAUGAUUCGCAAUCAACUGUAUCUCCUCAUAUAACGUUUCAACUUGUUCGCUCUUCACAUUUAUGACCAAUAUCAAUAUUAUUACUUCGCUAACAAUAAAAUAUGAAACAAACCU